CUUGGACCUAACCGCGCGGUGCCCCUCCGCUCAGAUCGAGACAUAUAUAAACCACCUGUGCGUGCUGCAACACUCUAGGCCCGCUCCCUCGCGUUCAGCCUGCCUUUCUUUACGAGCACAGGUGCUGGUCGCCAUAUCUAAUACGACUUACCCGUCCCUUUCAUCCUAUACCUCACGACAUCCCACGACGAUUCUUCACGACCGGCUUAUCGUUUUACGACCCUCACCAUGCGUUUCACCAUUCUCCCUGUCACCCUUGUUAUGGCAUAUGCCUUCGCCGUGCCAAUCUACCGCGCCGAGCUCCACCCCAGAGGCCAGAAGGGGGAGAUUUUUGAGAAGGUCGAAGGUGCAGCCCUCAAGGCCAUCUCGCUGGGUGCCAAGUUGUAUCCCCUGACGAAGCAAGAGCUACAAAAGCAUCGCCACCACGCUCCCCGUCCCCGAGAUGCCCUCACCGCGCCAAUCGACCGCGCCGAGCUCCAUGCCAGAGGCAGGGGUGAGGUUUUUGUUAAGGUCGAAGGUGCGGCGCUCAAGGCCGUCUCGCUGGGUGCCAAGUUGUAUCCCCUGACGAAGCUCGAGAUACAAAAAUAUCGCAAUCACACCGCCCGAGAGGAUCGCCUCGCCUCGCCAAUCGACCGCGCCGAGCUCCACCCCAGAGGCAAGAAGGGUGAGGCUUUCAAGAAAGUCGAAGGUGCAUCGCUCAAGGCCAUCUCGCUGGGUGCCACUUUGUAUCCCCUGACGAAGCACGAGAUACAAAAGCAUCACAAUCACACUGCCCGAGAGGACCUCGUUCCUCGAGGCAAGCUCGCUGUGUUGAAACUGCUUCCCAAGCUCAAGAAAGCGAAAUCGUCUGCUGCCAAGCCCAAGAAGGCGUCUCUCCCUAAGCCAAAGAAGCAGCGGACGCCGGGCAAGGGCAAGCUCACGAAGCAGAAACCGGCUGCCAAGAAAGAGGGGAAGUGGGGCAAGAUCGGUAACAUCACGGACAAGGUCGCCAACCAGUUCCUGGACCUCUCUAGCACCGCGGCGGACGUUUGGAGGGCAACGACGCAGAGAAGAGAGCUCGUUGAAGAAGUCAUCCGCCGUGCGGAGGAGCUUUCAGCGCGCGAGAGGGAGUCUCUGGCCGCUAGGACGGACUUUAGCUGGAACGAUAUCAAGGAGGCUGUGGAGGACAAGGUCGAUAACAUCAACUGGAAGAAGGUCGGUCAUGAGGUCGCAGGAGGUGCUGUGAUUGUCGCUCCUUUUAUCCUCCGCGAUGACGAGCUAGACGAGUGGGAGUAGGAGUAGGAGUAGGAGAGCGAGGCGGUCUCCGAUGUCAUGGGGGUCGAGUCGACAGGAUGGGAGCUCAAACAACUACCUUGUACCAUUACGGUCGCUGUACAGAGACUGUUGUUGUAGUAUAGUCAUGAUCAUCGUACGGAACGAUGUAACUUAGCAGGCCACACAACACACGCUUACGUGCCUGAUUCAUUCUCGUACUCUCAACCUCGCCAGAGCUCGUUCUU